AUGCAUCCAAUCUCGAGGCAAUAUCAGCAGCCGCGACUUAAAAUAUAUGUACACUGGAAGCAAUGCGUGCCACCGGCCAGUAAACAACACACGGGCUCCGAUCGGCAACUUGCCAAUCCAGGCAGGGGCAGUAAAUCAAGCUUUCGAUUGGGAAAGCUUCCGAUUGACGUCUGCUUGCACGGGACAAUCCCCUCUCACCAACUCAACCCCAAUUUCCCCACAUUGAGGGAGGACGACUCUUGGCUGCACGAGCAUAUCGGCCACAUCCGCGAGCACCAAGGGAGCUUCUCCUUCAUUCUUGGCCUCCUGAUCGAGCCAGGGCAUCUCAAGACCUUCAGGGCUCCCGGCCAUACAGAUACCCGAGCCAACAUACGGCCCGCGAGAUUUGCCCGACACGACUGUGUCUGGGUUUCUAUCCCCCACGCUGUACGAAACACUAGGUGGUCAUCCCGCGUCGAGACGCAGGUGGACCAAGAGACCCCCAAACUUUCUUUCGACGCCAGACUUGAGAGCCCCACGGCGUGCUAUCUGCUCUAUUCCUCAACUAAUAUCGAAACUAACUACGAAGUACGCAGGUCAGACAUGAGGGAAUAUCGCCGCGAGAAGGGGGGCUGGCUACCCAAACGAUGCAUGAUCGGGCAUCCUCAAUCGAACGCGCAUCAGCCUGUGGAUUGGUCAGGUGUUAAACCUGGCCACGGCUCCAAUCCGAACCGCAACUCCAAGACCAACACGAAAGCCAUCAACUUUGCUGCCAGUUCGAUAUACUUCCGAACUGUGGCUUGCCAGGGAGAUCAUUUAGUUGUUACCCUCACCCUUGCUGGCCCACGACCAGCUUGCGAAGGAGCCCAUGUCCCUGCCGAAGUUCACCCUAAAUAUCCCUGCACCCACCUCCACCACAACUUCUCGCGAGUCGCCUCGGCCCUAGGCUGCAGAGUACAGCUAAAGAUGACGGCUACGGAGUAUUAUCGACAUCAUCUAGUUGGCAACUUGAACGCCAAAUUUCCUUGGCCUCAUUCUCUUCCGGAGAUUCUAUAA